AUGCCUUGGUUUGAAAGCCUAUCCGACUUCGUCACUGCUCUGUCGCCGCGCCGGCAGCCCCAAGAUCAACGGUCUGCAGUCCAGUUUGGACCAACCGCGACCCCUCCCCCUCGCUCUCGACGUACGCAGCCCUCUCGCAACCCCUUCACUCUAAGCUCCAACGACACCUAUCCCAGUGAAGUGGCCGCUGGCGGAAACGUUGAUCCCUCUUCUCAUCCAGAAGCGCCUCAUAGUUAUGUCGAUACAUUCCCCUCUCAACCCAGAUCUCCAAUUGCACGCGAAGACCCUCGCGAGCGGACGCAGCCUUAUCUAGAGCUCGACACCUGGGCGGACCAUUCGCCGCAGAUGGUGAACAAGGAUAGGCGGGCCGAUCCCCAAGAUCGCAAAGAUGAGGCUCGCUUAUUUGGAGGGAGGUACACCGGGGACGCCCAGAUUGGGGUCAAGAUCACGCCUGGGCAAACGUUACCGAAGAAACCAAAGCCAGGGGUUGGCUUAGGGUUCUCCCCAGUGGAUCAUAUCUCGCGCUCGCGCAACGGACGAAUGAGUGGACCUAUUCGCGCACAAGGCAAACCAAGUCAAGGCAAUUCCGCUCAAAGCAAAUCAAAGAAGCAGACUCCCACCGCAAAGCAACCGUCUCAUCUGGAUGAUGCAUUCGAGGAAUCUAAUCGGCCGAACAAGAGGCGACGACAAAGUGAUCCGAUUGAUCUUGUCAAUGAUAUGGGCGCAACGGACUCAAUCAGAAAUCGCUCACCUCACACUUCACCACUGGCUCCAUCCAAAAUCAAAGACAAGUAUCGUCUAACAGACAUUGGCGAGUUCAAAGAGCUGGAAACUAUGUUGUCGCCCACUCGUCGCCCUCGAGAUGCCCACAGCUCUUCUGGGGUAUCUCAACUCGAACGCUUCACGGGAAUUGCAACCCAACAACGUCGAAGCCGGGUUGACAUGCUCGACUCCAUUUCCAAAGCCAAAGGCCAUACAGAUCCGCCUACCAGAUCACGUCUGCUGGACGAGAUCGAGGCUUCAACGAAGCCUGUUGAUCAAUCUACGGGUUCUUCGGGCACAGCUCAUCGGUCUGACCCUGAGAGUCCAGACGAAAUUCAGGGUGAUGUUACGACUGAUCCACUACCAAAGUCAUGGGCGGAUAAGAUUCGUUACAUGGAUGCACACAACAAAAAAGCCCAGAUUGAAUCCCGUAGUCGGAAGCGCUCACCAACUGACAUUCGAUCAACUGACUUCGCGGGAUCUCCGCAGCAAGGUCCGAAGCGGACUAAGCGCUCUCAUAAGUACCCUGUUAAAUGCAUACCAUUGCACACGACAUUUUUCCGAAUUGGACAGAUUACCAAGACUUUCAUGAAAGAGGAAAAUGCUGUCUUACAGAUGACGCCGGAUGCACUUGAUAUCCCUGGAGAUCUACUUGACGGCGGAAACAGCAUUCAGGUUCUUUUCAAGCAUGUUAACCAAGUAUUCAUUGCCGAGAAUCCGAGCUGCAAAGUCAGAAUCAAACUUUUACAGGGUUCUAUUGAGGCUGGUCAAAUCCUCGACAUCGAGUUUCCCGGUAGACCCCAGAAGAUUGCUUUGGCCAAGAUCUUGCAGGAUGCCAAUGUCAACAUUCUUGAUAAAGACAUGAAAUGGAUGGACAAGGCGUUUGCAAGACAUGAAAAGGAUCUGGCACAGUUUGGGACCCCAUCCAAGAAUACGGGUUGCGAUGAUUCCACGGAAACUCCUGCUCCUGUGCGCAAAGUGACCUACACUCCACGACGAAAGAUCUCGGACUAUUUGCAGGAUGUAAAUGGCGAGUUUGGGGAUGAGUCAUUACUUGAAAAGCAGCGGAGCACGAAAGCCUUUUCGAAAUGGGCGGACGGUAAUAUUGAUUCCAAGAAAGCGCCAGAAGACAAGAAACAUCACCCUGAUACCGAUGCCGACGCCGACGCUGGAGUCGAGAUUCCCGUGAGACCCUUCAAGACUAUCAAUGAUCCACCUGAACGCGAGACUCGAUCUUCAACACGUCGUGCACCAAAAAAGAACAACCCACUUGAAUGGGAAGACUCGGACAAGGAAGCUGCUUAUCUCAGAAAUGAUGUCGGUCGUGACAAAUGGAAGAAGCCCUUGAUUUACCCCCGAAACGGGAAGAAGAAAGCUGAAGUCAACCUUGAUGACCGUGACCGACUCCGUCCAGACGAGUUCUUGAACGACAACCUUAUCGCAUUCUACAUGCGCUUCAUCCAGGACUAUCUCGAGCGUAUGAACAAGAAGGUGGCCCAGCGGAUCUACUUCUUUAAUUCUUACUUCUUUGCAACACUCACAAAUACUGCUCGGGGUCAGCGCGGAGUUAACUACACUGGUGUGGAGAAGUGGACUCGCGCUGUUGAUCUUUUCAGCUAUGACUAUGUUGUUGUUCCAAUCAAUGAAAAUGCCCAUUGGUAUGUUGCUAUCAUUUGCAACUUGCCAAGUUUGGAUCUUGGGCCCGCGGACCCCGCGGACCCUGCCGAAGCGGCCCAGACACCGACACAUAGCAAUGAAACACCCAAGUCCCAGCAGGUGGAAGAAAUACGUGAAACUCCUGAACCAGAACGGGCAUCUGUGCUAGAGUCCGAGGCUACCUCUGACACAUCAUCCAAAUCGGCAGCCAAGGGACGUUCGAAGGAAAGUGAAACCCGGAAAUCCUUUUCUCAUCUAUCCAUUGGGAAUAAAUCAGGGGAACAGCAAUAUGCCUCCGACUCUUGGCCAGACCCAGAUGAAACUCCUACCGCGCCAACCACCAAGUUCUUCACUCCCUCGCCUCAGAAACUCACCAGUGACCAGGCCAGGGCAACCAAGUCAGCGGCUAAGCCCGAGAAGAAAACACGGAAAGGACCCAGGUUGGGACCCGACCAGACCUCUAUCAUUACAUUUGAUUCUCUCGGAAUCAGCCGCGCCACCACUGUCAGAAUGCUCAAGGACUACAUCUGUCGCGAAGCAAUGGCUAAGCGUGGCAUUGAAAUCGACCAGAAGAUAAUCAAGGGCAUGUGUGCUCGUCAAAUCCCCCUCCAACCAAACUUUUCCGACUGCGGCCUUUAUUUGCUUGCCUACCUGGAGAAGUUCGUCCAGAGUCCUGAUGACUUCGUCGCGAAAACACUCUCGCGCGAUAUGGAUCCCGACGUCGAUUUUCCUCCGUUGGGCUCGGGUCUUCUCCGCCGACGACUUCGCGAUUUCCUGGACGAGCUUUACGACGAACAGAGACGGGCGAACAAACACAAAGCUGAACCUGCACAGGCCCUGGCGGAUCGAACGCCAAUCUCUUUCCUACUAGGCCCACCCCAGCCCACCCAAGAAAAGGCUGGAAUGGAGGAGGAGAUCCCAGAGUCACAGUCUCAAAAGCAACCCAAGGGACCCGAGGACUCAGAAAUAUCCAAGGGCUACGUAGCUGUGGAAACAAAACCCCGGAAAUCCCGAAGAAUCGAAGACCAGGAGAGCGAAGACUCAAGUCUGGACCAGGUACAAAUGGUCCCUCUUACAAGACCAAUCCCUAAAUCAACACCUACAUCCAAGCACCUCAACUUCUCCAAGGAGCGAAGUGCCCGCUCUUCGCCGACCAAGGAAGAGCCGGUCAUUCAAGUCCCUGAUAGCCAAGAAGAACAUGAACUUCCAGGCACACCUCCUUCAAGGACAUCAAAGGCAGACGAACGAGUACGACGAAGUCCACGGGGUCCGUCGCGGAAGGGAUAA